AUGUCAGAGCCGAUUGGAAUCAUCGGAAGAACACAUUACGCCUGUCUGCGGUGCAAAUCUCAGAAGGUGAAGUGUUCAGGCACAAAGCCAACUUGUCAGAAUUGUCUUUCCUCCAGUAAGGAAUGUGUAUAUCCGCUGAAGGACCGAAAGGUCAUAGUCAUGGAGUCUCAAUGGUUGAAGCUGAACCAGAGAGUGAAGGAAUUGGAAUCCGAUGCCGCCUUUAAGGUACAUGGAAAUACCAGACCUGAUCAGGAUUUCGGAUCGGGCAAGCUGUUUGAAGGUGAUACUGAUUACUCUCUCAACGAAGACCAAGCUUCAAGUGGCUCAGAUCAGGAGAUGGAUACCAUGGGCGUUUUCAAUCGAUUAUCCAUUCACGAUCCCGAAGAUUUGAAGCGUGGUCAUCAUUAUGUAGAUGAUGAAUUCUUCAGAAUCACAUAUACCGGCUGGUUGAACCUGCCAUCCAAAGAUUACGUGAACAGACUCAUUGGUCUAACAUUUCAGUUCUUGAACGAAAGUCACUAUCUCUAUGAUGAGGCGGAAUUCACCACACGUGUGAACCAUCUGUACGGUAAUCUUGAUUACCAAUCGCUCGAAUUCUUGUCACAGUUCUGGAUAACACUUGCUCUUGGUGAGGUCAUUUUGUACUCUCUUGAGAGCAAUGCCUCCAACUCGCGACCCAGACUAACACCUGGAUUGAAGUUUUACAAGCUGGCGCUGCAAUUCUUCCAAUCGCCUAAUGAAGACCCGAACUUGACGUCCAUUCAGGUGGCCUUGCAGCUUGGCUACUACUCGCAGACUCUGAACAGGAUCACCACAGCCUACACCUUCUUUGGAUUAGCCAUGCGAUGGUGUCUUUCGCUAGGAUUGCAUCUGGAUGUUCCUAAACACCCGGAAGAUGCAGUAUUUCGUGAAAAGUGUAAGCGCGUUUGGUGGACCACUUACGUUCUGGACGCGUUUGCAAACACGCGAUUCAGACUGCCCACCCACGUUGAGUUCGACCAGUGCAAAUGCGAGCAGAUGCUGGAGAGUUAUUUGGAUCUGAAGGAUGGCUUCAAAGUGAAUAUGUUGGCCAAUCAGGUUGCUCUGUUGAAAUUUUCUAAUUUGAUAAUCACGCAGAUCUACGAAUUAGAGGGAGUCCAGAGACUGGUAGCCAACACCGACCGAGUAUUACGAGUGCUGGAAACUCAUUUCGAAAAGAAUCUCAUUUCGGAUUUCACCAAGAUGAACCUUGAGAUAUCCAAAGGUGGGAGAUCCAGUCGUUCUUUGAUCCAUCUUUUCAUGAAGUUCAAUCACUACGUGAUCAUGACUGCACGUCCCUUGAUCAUUGCGAUAUUCAAGGGCUUGAUCAAAGAGGACGAGACCACCAAGCGGAUCACCAAGAAGUGUAUUCUGAGUGCAUGUCACAAUGUUGAUCUUCUUUACUCUCUGAAGGACUUGAACCAGCUGGUAAUAUUCGAUUACUGGGACAGCCACUUCUGCUUCAGUGCGAUUUUGGUGCUGGAGAUGGCUAUCUCGACGGGGAAGACCUAUCAGCAGAUCGAUAAAGGAGUCAUGCUCUUGAAAUUCAUGGCAAUGAAAGGCAACCAUGUUGCUAUGGAAAAUUUCAUCAAAUUGUGCGAACUAACGCAGAUGUUGGACGAGAUUGGAAUUCCAAUAAAGACGACAGUUCCUCUGAACCUGGACAUCCAACGGUGCCUCUUUGAAGAUGUCCCCAAACGAGGGGUUGACAUCAAAAUAAGAGAAACUAACCUAAACAAUGUGGACUCAACUUUGGCGAUUAACUUGAGCCCCAUAGGUGAACAGGAUCCGGAAGUACCAGCCAACAUUAAGCAGGAAAACGGCCAAUCUCAAACAUUUCAGCGCGAUCCAAAUCUACAGCAGAUGACAAGUUCGCUCUCCUAUCUCUCCAAUCAAAUGGAUACUGAUCUCAGCAAUGAAAAGUAUCAUUUUACACCAAUGAUCAAACAGGACGAUGAUCUCCAGGUGUUUAACUAUGGAACCGAGGACCAGUUCAAUGGUAUCGGCAUCGGGGUAGACAUCGACCACCUUCGCUCGUUCGACAACCUGUUUGGCAAUUUUGCCAGUUGGGAUUACCAUCCUAGUCACAUGCACGAAAAGAAGUGA